UCAAACACGCAGCAGCAGCAGUUGGAAAUUUUCGGUGUAAAAGUUUGGAAACAAGAUUUUCUGGCAAAGAAAGCCCCUAAGAUAAGUCAUAAUUUCGUCUAUCAACAGAAGGUUUUUGUCCCCUUCCGCGGGAGCUAGAAGAGCUAGUGAUUUGCAGACGUUUGGGUCCGGAAAAGCGACUAGCAAAAGAAGCAUCAGUAACAUGGAUGCCAGCGGCGGAAACAAUACGAGCAACGGAAAACCGCUCAAAUGUAACCAGAAUGUUCAGGUCUACCUAAGGGUCAGACCAACAAACACCCGGGAGAAGUUGAUUCGCUCCCAGGAGGUCGUCGAAGUGGUGUCGAAUCGGGACGUGCUAUUGAAACCGACGUUUGUGGACACCAGAAGUUCCAAGAGGUUCACCUUCGAUCGGGCUUUCGACAUACAGUCGAAGCAGCAUGAAGUCUACAAUGCCGUGGUGGCCCCGUACAUCGAGGAGGUGCUGGCGGGUUUCAACUGUACCGUGUUUGCGUAUGGCCAAACAGGCACCGGCAAAACGUACACGAUGGUGGGCGAGGAACAGCCGGAACUGAGCUCCGGGUGGGACGAUGACACCCAGACGGGAGUCAUCCCGCGGGCACUGAACCACCUGUUCGACGAGCUACGCAUGACGGAGUUGGAAUUUUCGAUGCGUAUCUCCUAUCUGGAGCUGUACAACGAGGAACUGUGUGAUUUGCUGUCCACGGAUGAUACGGUCAAAAUUCGUAUCUACGACGAUGUCAACAAGAAGGGAUCGGUUAUCGUGCAAGGGUUGGAGGAAAUUCCGGUCCACAGCAAGGACGAUGUCUACAAACUGCUGGCCAAGGGUCAGGAACGUCGCCGGACGGCUUCCACCCUGAUGAACGCCCAGUCUUCCCGUUCGCACACCAUCUUCUCCAUCAUCGUGCACAUCAAGGAGAACGGCAUGGACGGCGAGGAACUGCUCAAAAUCGGUAAGCUCAACCUGGUCGAUUUGGCCGGAAGCGAGAACAUUACCAAGGCCGGCAACGAGAAGGGAAUCCGAACGCGCGAAUCGGUUAACAUCAACCAGUCGCUGUUGACUUUGGGCCGCGUGAUAACGGCAUUGGUCGAACGGACGCCGCACGUGCCCUAUCGGGAGUCCAAGUUGACCCGUUUGCUGCAGGAAUCGCUCGGCGGAAGGACCAAGACAUCGAUCAUUGCGACCGUGUCUCCAGGGCAUAAGGACUUUGAGGAAACGAUGAGCACACUGGAGUACGCUCAUAGGGCGAAGAACAUCCAGAAUAAACCGGAAGCGAAUCAAAAGCUAUCGAAGAAGACGGUCAUCAAGGAAUAUACGGAAGAAAUUGAUCGACUCAAGCGGGAACUGUUGGCUACCAGGGAUAAGAAUGGAAUCUAUUUGCCCGAGGAGACUUACAACGAGAUGCUGUACAAGUCGGAAGCUACCACGAAGGAACUGAACGACAAAGUAAUUCUGAUCAAGGUGCUGAAGGAGGAUUUGGCCAAGAAGGAGUCGAUUUUCAAGGAGGUCAGUUUGAAUCUGAUCGAAAAGGAGGAUAUGCUGCGCCGCACGGAGGACCAUCUGUGCCACACGAAGCACGAGCUGACCACGACGAAGCGCUUUCUUAACAAAACGAAGCGACGCUAUGCGGAGAAAAAGGUAGUUCUCGAUAGACACAUAAAGACCGAGGAAGCAUUGACCAAUCAAGCCAAGGAGCUGAUUGAGGUGGUGGAAUCAGUUCAGCAAGAUACCAAUGGGUUGCAUGACACGAUCGAUAGAAGAAAAGAAACGGAUCAUAAGAAUCAAAGUGUUUGUGAACAGUUUGUGGAACAGCUGAAGACUCGAAUGCAGGCAAUGGAAGGAAAUGUCGCCAAUCUCACGCAAAAUUGCCACCAAAUAUCGUCUUCGAUUGUGAGUGAUUGGGAUAACUACCUCUCAAAUCAGGAAACUUUACAGCGGGACGUCCAAUCAAAAAUCACAUCCCUCGAGUCCCUAUCCGGGAGUAUGUCGUCGAAGGGAUCCUCUCUGCUGACCACCUUUCGAGCCGAUCAUUGCAACUGGAGCUCAGAACAACUGAAAGUGGCACAAGCGUUCUCGGAAACGAUUGAACGGGCAGUUGAAUCCCUGCAACUGACGAUCACAGCUAACGUCCAGUCUCUCAAAAAAACAAUUGCCGAACAGGAUGAGCAGCAUAAAGCACUUCUGCACGCCACCUGGCAAGCAUGCCGGGAAAGUGCAGAGCAAAAUUUACAGCUCUGUGCUUCCCAGAAAGCGCUCCUCCUCGACAUGGAUCAACUGGUCGAUCGGUUCGGCGAAAGCCAAACUCGAAUCGAAGAGUUCGUUGAAACGUCGAAGCAAGCUUACGACAGACGAAUGACCCAGUUGAUGGCCAUGUGCGAGGAAGUCAAAGCGGAACGAGCUGGUCUGGAUCGUCUGCGGGAUGUUGGUCAGAAUGUAGCGCAAACGAAAGCUUCUGUUAAGGAACUGAUCGCGAACAAUGGAUCCGCUGUUGACAAAAACGUUGAACACCAGACCGAAUGCAUCGGUGUUUUAGAACGAAAUUCUCGGCAGCUGGAAGAGACACGACAGGAACAUAAAGCAAUCGUCGAAGGCCGUCUGCAAAAUAAUAUUCUCUGUCCUGUGGAAUCAUUAGGCACUCAGCUGAAAGAAACCGUCACCCAACAGAACAGUUUGCUCGGAAGCUUCGAGGAAGCUUCUCGCGAGAGUUGGGAAAAGUUUUCUUCCGAGUUCGAACAGCACCAGGCGGAAUGUUCGACUAGCCAUACGUCGCAAAUGCAAGCGUUAAGUGACAAAUUGAACUCCGAAUCUGCAGCACAAUCCCAGUUCCGCCACACAACGAUUGCCCUGAACAAGCAGCUCCAGCGGAAUAUCACCUCCUAUCAGAAUCAAACCAGCGCCAAUUUGGCCGAACUGAGCGAACAGGUGGAUCGCUUCCAUCGGGACGAGCUGACGUUGUAUCAACCGACGGGGCAGACACCGGUGCGGAAGACUGUCAACUAUCCGAGAGACGUGCCAAUGACGUCGCCGCACGAUCGCAUCAUCCGUCGGUUCUGGCGCGAGCGUGGAAGGGCCGAUCUGGAUCUGUCCACGACCAUUAGUGAGGACAACGAAGAUGUAAGUCUGCUGUGCACCAGUCUGAUCACUGACGAGAUCCGGAACUCGACUCCCCUGCGAAGCAACGUGGUGCUGGACGAAGAUCGGAAACAGUUCAAGGAUCUGCAAAUCUCCAACAUUCUACCCAAGGACACCAUCACCAUGGAAUGCGAAGAAAACAAAGAAAACAUGGAAACCAUCAACGAAACUGUCUGAAAAUCAGAAAUCAUUCUUAUCGGCUCUGAACCGAUGCACGCACAAACACCCACAAACACGAGAGAAAAGAAGAAAAAAUGGUAUUUGCAUAGUGCAUUUCUUCCGCUUGCUACUCAAUAGCUACUAGGUACUUCUAGUUAUAUUAUAUUUUAUGUUCACCCAUUGACGUGUACGUACGGAACCCUCGUUAUUCCUUAAAUUUACUUCAAACUUCAGAGAAACUUGAUGCUUCAAAAUCGUACGAGAGUACCAUGACUUUACGGCGGGAGAACCUCUAUGAUUGUUGGAUAUUAUUCUCUGUUGCAGUAAAAAGCUGUUUUAUAAGUAUAAAAAAAUGCAAUUUUCAGAGUAA